AUGAAUAGUUUUACCCCACAAGGUGAAAACUCGGAUGUCGCAGAGACUGCCGACAUUGUCUGCAGAGUUUCAGAAACGUUUAGCUCAGAAUUUUACGCUUGGGAUAUAAAUUAUUGUCAAGAAACUCACCACUCGCUUUUGGUCAAGACGGCUCGCAAGGGGAAAAACAGAAUUCGAAGUCGCCCCAAGCGCGUCGAGGAAGAAUUCGAAAUUAUUGACAUCACAGAUGGUCCGGAAGACUGUACCUCCACAAUUGUUUCAGUUGAAGUGUUGAAUUUCGAUGAAGCACUCAGGCCUUACCCAAGCUACGAAACAUGCACGCCCCUCAUGCGUAACAUUUGUGUCGGCGAUGAUCCCCACCUCAUGCCGUUCAUGCCGUUCUCUGACGACCCAGAGUUCGACUAUAUGUCGCACAAUGAACAAUAUAAGUUUUUCUUAUGGCAAAUACCCAAUCGCGACCCAGACUUCGAAGUUAUCGUUGUUGAAAUUGCACGCAGGUUAUAUUCAGAACAUCAACUGUCCUUGGAGGCAAUUGAUCAAGUUGCCGUCCUUCCACUUCAGUUAAAUCGACUUGUUGGUGUGAGUCGUCGGCGUGACUAUCCAAAAUGGCUUGAUUUCGAGCAAGCGACUUCUCUUCCAUAUCAACCCCCUUUCUUCACGGCCUCAGAGCACCCCCACGGACAGCUUCCCAAUCUUCUACAAUACUUCUGCAAUAGCAGUUGCCUGGUUGGUUACUGUACUAUCCAUAGUACAUUUGACCACCUCGUAGCUCACCAAUGCUAUACUCAUCGCCGACUUCUACAAGACGAAGAAAUACCCAUGCCUAAUUUGGCAAACUCUUCCAACAAGAAACAGUACAUCCUCAUCAUGCCUCAAGACAUGUCCAAUAUCCACCUUGGACGUACUGUGUGUGUUAAGUAA